ACAAAAGAGUGAUGUGACUGCUGAUGUGGAAUAUAAUGUAGAAUUGAGAAAAAUUGGGAUAAAAUUUGCUAGCCAUUUAGCACUACCGUUCUCUCUUUUUUAUAAAAACCGUUAAUAUCUCUCGCCUCUUCCUAUCCCAUGGCUUCCAUGGCCUGCUUAUGGCUUCUCCUCGUGAUUCCAGCCCUCGCAACCGCCAAACAGACCUACAUUGUCCAUAUGAACUCCAAUUCCAUGCCUUCCUCCUUCGCCACCCACCACGAUUGGUACACUGCCUCCCUCCAGUCCCUCUCUUCCUCCUCUGACUCACUCAUCUACACCUACAACACAGCCUUCCAUGGCUUUGCCGCCUCUCUUUAUCUGGACCAGGUCGAGUCCCUUCGUCAAUCCGAAUCUGUAAUCGGCGUCUACGAAGACACUGUCUACUCAUUACACACGACGCGCACACCUGAAUUCCUCGGCCUGGACCCUGAUUUCGGACUCGGGUAUGGCCAUAACAGUCAGGAUCUCGACAAAGCGUCUUAUGACGUUAUAAUUGGGGUGCUUGAUACCGGUGUUUGGCCCGAGUCAAAAAGCUUUGAUGACUCAGGUAUGCCUCCGAUCCCAACUCGGUGGCGCGGAGAAUGUGAAGCAGGGCCUGAUUUUACUUCUUCUGCUUGCAAUAAGAAACUCAUUGGGGCUCGAACCUUCUCCAAGGGGUUCCACAUCGCUUCCGGUGGGAGGUCCACCAAGUUCAAAGAGCUUGCUUCGCCUCGGGACGAGGAUGGACACGGAACUCACACCGCCAGUACUGCUGCUGGUUCACCAGUCGCAAACGCGAGCCUUCUUGGAUAUGCUAGCGGUACUGCUCGUGGUAUGGCCAGUCACGCUCGCGUGGCGGCUUACAAGGUUUGCUGGAGCACUGGUUGCUUUGGGAGCGACAUUCUCGCUGCUAUGGAUCGGGCAAUUUUGGACGGUGUGGAUGUGCUUUCCCUAUCUCUUGGGGGUGAGUCGGGUCCGUACCAUCGCGACACAAUCGCAAUCGGAGCGUUCACGGCUAUGGAGAAAGGCAUUUUCGUCUCUUGCUCUGCUGGCAACAGUGGGCCUAACAGGGCCUCACUCGCCAAUGUUGCUCCAUGGAUCACAACUGUCGGAGCCGGAACUCUAGACCGAGAUUUCCCGGCUUAUGCGCUUCUCGGAAACAAAAACCGUUUAGCGGGUGCGUCGUUAUAUAGCGGUAUAGGAAUGGGGAACAGAGCGUUGGGAUUGGUUUACAGUAAGGGAAGCAGUACAAGCAAUUUGUGCUUACCAGGUUCACUUGACCCGAAUCAGGUUCGUGGGAAAGUUGUGGUGUGCGACAGGGGAGUCAAUGCACGAGUCGAAAAGGGUUAUGUAGUGCGCGAAGCAGGCGGAGUUGGGAUGAUAUUGGCGAACACCGCUAUUAGCAGUGAGGAAUUGGUGGCCGACAGUCACUUGAUACCGGCAGUGGCAGUGGGAAAAAAGGCCGGGGACAUAAUCAGAGGCUAUGUGAAAACUGAUGCAAAUCCGACUGCGUUGCUUGUAUUUGGUGGGACGGUUUUGAACGUUAAGCCGUCACCGGUAGUUGCGGCGUUCAGUUCUCGAGGGCCGAAUGUGGUGAAUCCGGAGAUCUUGAAACCGGACCUUAUUGGGCCCGGAGUCAACAUCUUGGCUGGAUGGUCAGAGGCUGUAGGGCCCAGUGGGCUUGAUUCGGAUACUCGAAGAACUCCUUUCAAUAUCAUGUCAGGUACAUCAAUGUCCUGCCCACACAUCAGUGGUUUAGCGGCCUUGCUUAAAGCAGCCCAUCCGGACUGGAGCCCAAGUGCAAUCAAGUCCGCGCUCAUGACCACUUCCUACACUCUGGACAACACCAAAUCCCUACUCCAGGAUGCUGCGGGCGGUGGGCUUUCCAAUCCAUGGGCCCAUGGAUCUGGGCAUGUGGAUCCACAGAAAGCCCUAUCUCCGGGCCUAGUAUACGACAUCUCAACGGAGGACUACAUCACAUUCUUGUGUUCCUUGGACUACACCAUUGAACAAGUUCGAACCAUUGUCAAGCACCCCAACAUCACCUGUUCGAAGAAAUUCGAGGACCCCGGACAACUCAACUACCCAUCAUUCUCCGUCAUUUUUGAUAGGAAGAGAGUUGUGCGAUACACUCGCGAAUUGACCAAUGUUGGUGCUCCUGGAUCUGUAUAUCAAGUGGCCAUUACUAAGCCAGCAACAGUAGACGUGCAAGUGAAGCCAACCAGACUUAUUUUUAAGAGUGUAGGGGAGAAGCAGAGAUACACAGUGACUUUUGUAGCAAAGGCUAAUGCAACUACAAGGCCUGAAUUUGGGUCAAUUGUCUGGAGCACUACCCGAAACAGAGUUAGCAGCCCAGUUGCUUUUACAUGGACAAGAGUUACGUAGACAAUGGGGGUUCAAAUUGGUCAAAAUGGGCCUUCCAUUUCUUCGGCCUUUACACCAAUUCGGCCUAGGAAAUGAAUGGCCGUAGAAGCCCAGCAUGGAUAAUAGUACAAAUAAUCAGAAUCAAAGAAAAUUUGCGUAUGCUUUUCCAUUAGAAUGCAGAUGUAGGAAGGAAGGACUAAGCUAAGCUAUGGUAGGUUGAAAUUGCAUUUUGUAAUGUUUCAAUGCAAUCAAAUUGCUUGCAAGCAAGUUAUGGAACUAAAGAAUGAUGAAGCAUUUCUCCA